AAGAUGGCGAAACAUCAUCCAGAUCUGAUCAUGUGUAGGAAACAACCUGGCGUAGGUAAGAUUCUGUUUGUUUUCAACGUGAUCGUUUAUAAUCAACAGACUGACAGUAUUAUGUUGUAUUUUCAUUUUCAGCUAUAGGUCGGCUGUGCGAAAAAUGUAAGUGUAUUUCAGUGUUUUCUGUGUCAUCUUCUGUCACUUAAGUUUUGAGAGGACUGUACUGAACAUUAAACGUUGAAGGCACAAAUUCCGUCAAAGUGAAUCAACUUAUAGUUUAUCACUGAUGAUCUCUAUCCCGUGGUUUUAAGUACCUCUUUUGAAUCCUCAUGUCAACUUAUUAUUCGUAACCUAUCUUCAUGAAACGCUAACUGUCAAGCGUCACAAUUAUGUAAACACGUGCUUCAAUGAUCAACUUUAUCAUUAGUUAAUUAUAGAGGUCCUGGCUUCGGUUGUUCAAACUUUGGAUAGCGCUAUCCACCAGGCCCCGGUUGUUCAAACGUUGGUUAGCGCUAUCCACCGGAUAAAUCUCUAUCCAGCGGAUAACGUAAUUAAUUUCCGUAAUACUUAUCCGCUGGAUAGUUAUUUAUCCGGCGGAUAGCGCUAUCCAACGUUUGAACAACCGGGGCCAGAGAAAUCACUAUCCAGUGGAUAAGUAUUAGGGAACCAAUAGCCAAUAGCCUUAUCCCUUGGAUAGAAAAUAAUAUUUAAUGUAUCUGGUCAACAGCGUUAUCCAGGGGACUCUGCAUAUGAAAGGGGUGGAGAUACUUGUCAGAAAUUAAGAAUUAAACCCCUGAGGGGGAUCAAUCUUAGCAUGGCCCAAGCCUUUUUUAACCCCUAAAAGAGACCAUGUUUGUAGCAGGGUGACUGGGAGACCUUUCGACGAUCCAGAAGGAAGAUGGCGUGUUGGUGGUGGGAUCAAUGUUCCAGUAAAAACUGAAAUGGAAGCAGCUCAAAGCUCGAUCAGGGAAUUAAAGGACGACCUAUUAAAACUUGGUAUUAGGGCAAGAAUCAAAUAACAAGCUUGUGAAUAUUUUUAGCCGUGAUCAAAUAAUCGUGUGUCAUCAAAUAAUCGUUUUGUGUCAAAACAAUGGACAAAGACGUCUUCAGCCAAGUUUCUGAGAAAUACACUUUGGGGACAAAGUUAAACAAUGGACAAAGACGUCUUCUUUAAGUAUUGAUGUUAUAGAAAACUUGGAUUAUAUGAAUGGAGUAAAUAAAACGAAUUAAAAAUUUGCAUAUCAAAUAUAUAUUUUUAUAUUUUUUUGCAUGCAACCCUAAACAUGACCUUCACGGCUAAAUAUGAUGGCGUUUUGCCCAGAACACCCUAAGUGAGACCAAAAGCCGAAAUUUACACCUCUAAGCGAGGCGACAAGCAUCCCCACCCCUUUCAUAUGUGGAGUUCCCCCCCAAGGUGCUGUAAUGCAUUAGAUUGAAUCAGUAAUGCAUUUAACUAACUCUUGUACAGGUGAUGGCAAAUGUGUUAUCUGCGACUCAUAUGUACGCCCAUGCACUUUGGUGCGAAUAUGUGAUGAAUGCAAUUAUGGCUCUUAUCAAGGUCGCUGUGUGAUAUGCGGAGGACCUGGUGUAUCUGAUGCUUAUUAUUGUAAAGAAUGCACAGUUCAGGAAAAAGACGUAAGUGCUUUUUUUUUUUUUCUUAUUCAAACAGCUUUGUUCAUCAGGGCUGUGCUCUAUCAGCACCUGGUGGUGUAUGGUCCCCGUUGUUCAAAAGUUGGAUAAUGCUAUCCUUUGGAUAAAUCCCUAACCACUGGAUAAUGCAAUCGUUUUGUCUAGUACUUAUUCGCUGGAUAGUGAUUUAUUCAUUGGAUAGCACUACCCGACUUUUGAACAACCAGGGGCUGGUGCACAACUUUUGUUCUUGGGUGACUAGAAAAUCUUAGUUUUUCAUAGAAAUCAUAUGUUGGGCAUGAAAGUACAGCCUCCAGGGGUUUCAAUAAGUUUCUGCACAAGUGGGUACUUAAGUUUAUAUUUGCAAGGCCAAAAUUUUGAAGACUCAUGCAUUUUCAGGUCUUUUUUUUGUUGCUUUGUUGUUUCAUUUUUUUGCUCCUAAGUCAACUAAUUUAAACAAAUUUGAAGAGAAUUAUGUUACAAUGAAGUAGUCACAGUCAAAACCUAUUUUGCCAAAUUUUUUGGCAAGAAUUCGAAGCUGAGAUGAAAUUAUCUGGUCUUAGUUGACGUUCAUGUGAAGGCUCCAAGCGGGUAAUCGGCCCAUUGCAAGCGGGUAGAUCUACCCGCUACCCGGCUACUAUUGAAACCCCUGAGCCUCAAUCAUACUUCUUCAUAUUAGUGAACUUACACAACAGGACAGGAGAGGAAAGAAGACGGCAAACUUUGUGUGACAAGCAUGACAAUGAUUUUUUUAAAAAUAAGUUUUCGCCGAACUUCACUUUCUUUUAAACAGAUUUUUUUAUAAAAGACUAGAAAACAUUAAUGAUAGGUGAAGGGCACAACAAAACAUGCAAGUAAUAGCCAUGUUGCCUUCCUCCUUGAAGUUUCAAAUUGAUUCGCACAUUAUCAGACUUACAUUGUUAUUUAUUCUGAAAGUGAAAGGCUUAACUGAAUAAUAAAUGUAAUAUUUCUCGUGUUCAAUAUAAAACAGGUUGCCUGGGCCUGGGUGUUGAUAAUUGUUGUGAACGAUAAUUAUUAUUUCUGGUUCUUUAAAUUAGAAACUGUGUGGUUCACAUUUAUCAUUCAUUUAAUGCAGAGGCUUUAAAAGAAAUUUUUUACUUUCACAGAGAGAUGGCUGCCCAAAGAUUGUCAACUUAGGAAGCUCAAAGACUGAUCUUUUCUAUGAAAGGAAAAAAUAUGGCUUCAAGAAGAGAUGACACUUUGCUAGCAUUUGUUAGUAGCAAGCUUUUACAACAUUACUGAACUGCCACUGUAAAGUAGCAAACCCUUGUUAAACCAUAGCAAAUGGUUUAACAAUGGUUGGAAAGUUAGUGACGAGUGCAAAGUCAGCAAAUGUAAAUUGCUGCCGGUGAAUUGUCCUUCUUGUUGAC